AUGGUUCGUCUCGCAAGCAUCGGGCACAGCCUGGUGCUGCUUGCCGCCCUCGCCGCCUGCGUCCAGCUGGGCGCUGCGGACUCGCACACCGCGCUGGCGCGGGCGCGUGGCAGAAUCGAGAGCGUCACUGGCAACAUCGUCGACACGCUCGCGCCGCUGGCCGAGAGGCUCGAGUCGCUCGAGGGAGAGCUUCCCGGCGGGGGACGUCGUCUGCGCAUGAUGGCGGAGGCCCCGAUGAUGGAGCAGGCUCCCGACAUGGGGAGCAUCCUGAUCUCCGAACCGGCCGAGGACCCCGUGCUCGAGCUCGUCGACGAGGCGCCGUGCAGGACCGUCGCCGACGUGGCCAUGGAGUACCCCGUGCUGCUGGCCGCGGUCCAGCGGGCGGGCCUCGCCGAGACCCUCGCGGACCCGGAGCUGGAGGCUACGGUCUUCGUUCCGACCGACGAGGCGUUCGCGGCGCUGCUGGAGGCCAAGGGCCUCGCGCAGGAAGACCUCCUCGCGAGCGAGAACCUCGCGGACAUUCUCAAGUACCACGUCAUCGCCGGCGUGGCGGCGAAGGCCGAGGACCUCUCGAUGGGGCAGAUGCUGGCGUCACUGCAGGGCGGCGAGCUUGCCGUCAUGUUGGGCGAGGACGGCGGCGUGACGCUGGACGGAGCCGCCUCGGACGCCCUGGUCACGGUCGCCAACGUCGCGGCCUGCAAGGCGAUCGUCCACGUCGUGGACACGGUGCUCCUGCCGUUCGAGCUCUGA